AUGAAGGAACUACACAAUGCCUUGGUGAUCGCGGUUACGGACAUUGUUGAGAGAUGGUGGACAGAUAAGGAGGCGCAAUUUCCCCAGCGUAUGCGAUUGGAAGCUGAAGAGGAGGAGCUACUGCGGUGGAUGGAUGCCCAAGGUGUCGAUGUAGUACCCCCUUUCAAGCGGCGAUUAGGCUCGUGGAGACCGGACUUCCUUAUAGAAGAAGACUGCUUCGGAGAAGAGAAUUUCCGGAUUACUGAGAUUAAUGCGCGCUUCUCUUUUAACGGGUUUAUGCACGCCGCCUACGCUCAACAGGCAUUAAUUGACAUUGGUGUCUGCAGUGAACUAAAUGGGCUUGUGCCGGUCAAAGACUUCCAGAGUGUACGUGGGCUGCAGUAA